UUGUUUUACAUUUUUUCCCAAAUGUCUGUAAUAUCUGGCUUUAUAAAAGACAUCUAGGAUCUCAUAUCUCCUUUUGCAUUCAGUCUGUUGCCAGAUCCCAUUUCAUGUGUCCUCUAGAAGGUACAUGUCCACUAUAUACUCAUAAGAAAAUGAGAGUUAAAAAGGAAAAUAGGGCUUCCCUGAUGGCGCAGUGGUUAAGAAUCCGCCUGCCAAUGCAGGGGACAUGGGUUCCAGCCCUGGUCCUGGAAGAUCCCACAUGCCGUGGAGCAACUAAGCCCGUGCUCCACAGCUACGGAGCCUGCGCUCUAGAGCCCGUGAUCCACAACUACUGAGCCCGCGUGCCUAGAGCCCGUGCUCCGUCACAAGAGAAGCUACCACAAUAAGAAGCCAUGCACCGCAACAAAGAUCCAACACCACCAAAAAUAAAAGCAAAUAAAUUAAUUUUUUUAAAAAAAGGACAAUAACAGCUUAGUAUUAUCAUGAAAAUAUUUCUGACCUUGAGGAUCCUCUGAAAGGUUCUUAAAAUGGAUCCCCAAGGGUGCCCAGACCAUACUUUGGGAACUACUGGCAUACAGCCCUCAAGGAGCUGAGCAGCAAGAGAGAAGAACAUUUACAGGGAUAUAUAGUGUGGUGGUCUAAUAGAGUAUAACAAUAUAAUUUUGGGAAGGUCAGCAAAGACUUCAAGAAGGUGUUGCCAUUUGAGUUGGACCUUGAAGCAUGAGUAGGUGUAUAACAGAGGAGGUGAUGGCUUUCUUGGCUGAGGAACAGCGUGAAUAGUGGCAUGAAACAAGCCCAGUGUUCCUAGAGUGUAACCUGCAUGAAGGGAAGUUACUGAAGAGAAGGCUGGAAAAGUAUAGUGGAAGGACAGACUGUACAGAGCCUUUAUUCUGCAGGUGAUGUGAAACAAUUGUUAGCUGCUACAUAACAAAUAUUAGCUGAUGUUUGUGCCCCUACUCUAUCUAGGGUAGGCACGAUAUUAGGAAUUUAGUUCACUCAACAACCCACUGAAGCUUUGAGUAUUUAAUUUGCAUACUUGGAUCUCUUGGUCUAUUAUUAAACUGACUCCUAUUAUUAAUACAUUUUUUCUGAAGUUCUGAAGUUCUUAAGAUUGUAAAUGAGAUAUUUCCAGAGAUAUGGAUAAUAAGAUAAAAAGGGGUAAACCACAGAAAUCGAGGACCUCUUAGUUUCCUAGAAAGAAGUGGCUGUUCUCUGAACAGUCCCAACAAAGAGGAGCAGCUGGCUUCCUCCUGGCUCCUAAAAGAUCUUACUGCUGUCCCCAGUGCUCAAAACUGCUACACUCCCUUGGUAACAGAUACUUGACUUCAGAGGUGUUGAUUAAAAAUUUUUAGCAGAAAUAAAGAAAUGGACUAAGACCAAACUCACAAGAGAGAAUCAAAUGUAGCAACAAAGAUUAUGAGACAUAAUUUUUUCAAAGGAUAAUGGUCUGUGCUUCCUUCUUUGGGUGUUGUAUCCUGUGGUUCUGUGAGCUCAGGAUACAAAUAUGACUUGAAUAUGACUUGAAUGGGAAGUAUAAAAGAGAGUAAACAGUUCUGGGGGCUCCAUUUCUUUCCUCCUCUGUGACUUCAGUUUGACCCACCAAGGGAACUGUCUAACAGGGACACCACCUGAGAAACAUGAGUUCACUUUUUUAUGAGACAUAUGUGGGUUGGAUGCUGAAAGACCUCAAAGCUAGAUCCUAGGUAGAGCUAAACCGUUGGUUAGAAACCCUAAAACCUAGGGGGCAGGAAUACAUAAUGAUUCAUUUUUCACUUAAGACUUAUUAAUCACUCCACAUUACUAAUGUUAACACCAGAUAUGUAUCUACACAGCAUUUCCCAACUUUUAUUAUACUAAGAUCUUAGGUUGAUGAUCUGCUUAGCACUCAACAACACUGGAACCCCAGUGUUGCAUAGAUAUAUGCAAGUCUAAGAUAUCUGUAUACACUUGGGUGUGUAUUAGGCCAUUAAAAGGCUUCCAGGGAAUUCUCCACCUCUUUAAGCCGCUCCCUUUGGCCCAAAGGGCGGGGAGGAGGGGCUGGACGGGGGCUGAAUGGGGGCUGGACCUGGGCGGUUUCCUAGGCGACCGCCGAGCAGCAAGUGCGCACGCGUAGAGCCUGGGCUCGGCUGAUGCAAUCUCCCUCGCGCGAGCUGCGUCUACCGAGAGUAAGGAAGCCGACAAGGACCUGAACGAGGCCAAUCAGCGGCCACAAGGAAGAGUGCAGAAAGGCCCGCCCGCCUGAUCCUGCGAGUGACGUUCUGCGGCCCUGAGCUGGUGGCGUAGCCGUCCGCCACCCUUCGUCUCGUGCGCUUGCCAGGAGGCGUCCUGCCUCGGCGCUGGCCCUGCAGCCAUUUUGAGCUUCGCUUCCACCCGUCCGCCGGCCCAGCCCUUCCGGGGUCGCUUAGCUCAGGGGCUUUUCCACGAUCUGUCUCGCCUGGCAAGUCGCCGCCGCAGCGGAAGGGCUCCUUUCUAUGUUGGAGAGGGCUGGAGAGGACUAGGGCAUCUCCUUUCCGCCAGGAUGGAUGUCGCCUCGGCCGCCGCGUCCUGUGCCCGCCGUUCCGGACUGUGGUCUGCCGCCCGCGGCCGAAGCCGCUCUCCUCUGUGGCUCUUCUAUUGGCCCGGGGAUCGGCCAGGGGCAUCAACUCCGCCGCUGGGCAAGGCUGAGACUCUGUAGGCCUUUUGGAGUUCCUCCCGGCCGCCCGCCGCUGAGCUCCGCGUUCCUCCCUGAGAGACUGUCGAGAACACGGAGAUGGAGCCGGCAGCAGACGGAUCGCGGGAACGGGCCGCCCCGCGGGCGGACUCCCGGUUGUGGCUGCCCUUCUUCUUCUCUCGGCGCUCGCGACCAGGCACUUCCAAGUUCCCCGCACCUCCUGCCCCGGAACACUCCGGGGAUCUCAAACUGUCUGCUUGUCCCCCGCCUGAGGCUCGGCGCAGCUCGUGGAUGCAGCUGCUUUCCCAACUCUUCGCGCCGCUCCCCGGCUUGCUUCACAAGCUGCUGAUCUGGAGCCAGCUUUUCGGUGGAAUGAUUCCGACCAGAUGGCUAGAUUUUGCUGGAGGCUACAGCGUGCUGAGAGCCCUGAGGGCCCGGGAGGAACCCGGCGCCCCCACGGCGCCGAAGUCUCUGAGUUCGCUGCGGCUCGACCCCUCGGCUGACGCGGCCGCCGUUCCCCUCGAUUGGCUAGAGGAGGGCAUCCACUGGCAGUGCUCGUCCCCAGAUCUAGAAUUGGAACUUAAAGCCAAGGGAGGAACUUUGGACUCCGCAGCCCAUGCUUUUCUCCUAGGUCAGCAGCUGUGGGGAGUGGAGCUCCAAGCCAGUCUGUUCUCCGGCCGAGAACUUGGCCCUUCGCCCUCCGGGCCUCUCAACGUUCAGAGCUUAAGCAAUGGCAACGUCGUCUCCUAUUUGCUGAGCCCCUCCUAUAUGGACUGCCUGCCCCGGGUAGAGCUGAGCUAUCAGAGCAGCGUUGGAAGUGGCGAGCUGGUCGAUUUCCAGGCGCUGAGCCCAGAGAGCGGCUGCCUGGAUGAGGUCCCGUCUCAUCCCCAGCCGCUCAGCGCUGAGAUGGCUUGCGCCUCGUUGCAGGGAUGUGCGCCUCUCUCCAGAGAAGGGCUGCCCGAAAUCCACCAUCUUCGCAUGAAGCGGCUGGAAUUCCUUAAGCAGGCCAGCAAGGGCCAAGCGUUACCCACCCCUGACCAAGAUCAUGGCUACCACAGCCUGGAGGAGGAGCACAGCCUGCUCCGGAUGGAUCUGAAGCACCGCAGAGAUAGUGCAACACAGUGUGUUCCCGCUGCUGGAACCGUUCCCGGCACCGCUCAGGAACCCACUGAGGAGAAAAGAGAAUUGUUGACUAAAGAGGUUCCCCCUGCUUUGGAAAGACAGGGCCCCUCGGAAGGCUGUCUAUCUUGUGAGGUUCCUACAGAGCAGGAGCCUGGAGAGGACCAAGUAAGUGUAGUUGACUCCUCAGACAUAGACGAUGACCUUCCCAUUUCUGCCAGACCAGCCUGUAGCAACAAAUUGAUAGAUUACAUUUUGGGAGGUGCAGCCAGUGACCUGGAAACAAGUUCUGAUUCAGAAGGUGAGGAUUGGGAUGACGACGCUGAGGAUGAUGGUUUUGAUAGCGAUAGCUCACUCUCAGAAUCAGACCUUGAACAAGACUCAGAAGGGCUCCACCUCUGGAACUCUUUCUAUAGUGUCGAUCCUUAUAAUCCCCAAAACUUCACAGCAACAAUUCAGACUGCUGCCAAAAAUCUUCCCAGAGACCCUUCUGACUCAGAGACGGAUUUGUCUGACAGGUCUAAUCUAGAAAAUCCUCCCCGGACUGCAAGCCUUCCUGAGUCUCCUGACCAUAAUUCUGGAGAAGAAGAUGACUGGGAAUCUAGUGCAGAUGAAGCAGAGAGUCUCAAACUGUGGAACUCUUUCUUUAAUUCCGAUGACCCCUACAACCUUCUAAACUUUAAGGCUCCUUUUCAAACAUCAGGGAAAAAUUGGAAAGGCUGUCGAGACUCAGAGAGGCCGUCUGAAUCUAUUGUGGCCAUUUCUGAGUGUCACACCUUACUUUCCUGUAAGGUGCAACCGUCAGGGAGCCGAGGAAGUGAAUGUCCAGACUUGGUACAGGGUGGGGUUCUUUCUGGAGAAAGACACACACAUAUCCAGAGAAAAAAGGUAACCUUCCUUGAAGAAGUUACUGAGUAUUAUAUAAGUGGUGAUGAGGAUCGAAAAGGACCAUGGGAAGAAUUUGCACGGGAUGGAUGCAGGUUCCAGAAACGAAUUCAAGAAACAGAAGACGCUAUUGGAUACUGCUUGACAUUUGAGCACAGAGAAAAAAUGUUUAAUAGACUCCAGGAAAUGUGCUUCAAAGGACUUAAUGUGUUUGAGCAAUGUUAAGAUGAUGUGACAGCCUCUGGCCUUAGCAAACACUACCUCUUACUUGAGAGGUUUCUUUUAAAAACAAAAAUUGGCAGCUGUCCUUUGACUUUUUUCUUAGAGGAUGUGCAACUUGGAUCCAGUGACCUAGUUUAAUAUAUAUUUUUUUGCAACAUAUCCCACUCAGAAAUAUACAGGUUUGGAGCCAAGCCCUGAAAAUGAAGGAUGAGAUGGUGUGAUUUCUAAUCCUCCUUUUUUGUUUAGUUAGAUUUGUUUUUGAAUGUUGUUUGCUUGCUGAAGUGAAAAGGGGACCUCUUAAGGUGUAAUUUUGCACUUUGAAAACUUAUUUUCUUGGGAAACAGUAUUUAUAGGGUUUGAAGCCCAUUUUUCAUUCUAAUUUAAAUUACGUGUACCUGUCUAAAAACUUUGGGCUCUUUUUUCCCUCCGAACAUUCUGAAAUUAAUGGGCUGUUAUGUUUUCUCUAUAUUUUUUUAUUUUAGUAGUUUAACCCUUCUACUUCAAGGCUAAGAAAAUAAUCUUGUAUAUACUACCAACUUAAGGUACAUUAUCUUGUGUCAUCGUGUUUCUUUUUCUUUCUUUCUAAAAAUGACUGGUUGAAAAUGUGUGGUGGGUUUUUAUUUCUAGAUUAAGCUCUAUCUAGGAUAUUUCCAAGGACUGCCAUAAAAUCUAUAUGUGCAGUACUUUCUGUUACAUUGGGAAAGCUGCAUAUUUCUGCCAAAUUUUAACAUCUGAUAUACUUAAUUUCUCUGCAAACUCUUUUUUGAAGAAGGUUCUGUAUAUGUUAUUAUAGUUCCCACUUGGGUGGUUCUUUGUGUCUUCAAUAGGUAAAAAUUGUUGUAAGAGACUCCAGAAGUAAUAAUUGCAUCAUAGUUGCUUUUAAAUUUAAAAGCUUAGAAUUUUCCUAGGAUGAAGAUAGGAGACAUCUCAGAGCAAUUUGGUCUUGUUGUAUAUGCUCUCAAAAGAAAACCAGUGUUAUUAAUAUGCCUCAGCACCGUCACUUUUAAAA